CCCUGUGGACACGGUGCGUUUACCGGCAAAUGACGGACACGGCGACAACGUUUGAAUAAAAUUAUAAAAUAGUCUGUAUAUGUAAAGACCACGCGGUACGAUUCAAUAUAUUUUAACAUAAUAUACAUUUUUUUCUCCUGUUCUCGGUUUUCGCUUUAUGUCUAUUGUUUUACGGUUUGUCUUGUGAAUAAGCGGGAUAAUAUUAUAUUAGUAUACAUAUUGUUACUUCGGCCAACCGAAUCCGGCACCGUGGAACUAAUGUGUAAGCGAUGAGCGCGACCAAAGAGAAGACGAUGCCCCAACGGUCGCCGUUCGCCAUACAAGAAUUGUUGGGACUGACCGCAGACGGGUCGAGCAACAGAAGCCCGUCGGCCGCGGUGUCCGCCGUCACGCCGCAGCACUACUCGCACCUGCCGCCGCCGGGACCCGGUCCCUCGUGUUUCGCUGACCGCGAGCGGCUGCACCACGGCCACCACAACCACCACAGCCAGAUGGUGGCCAGCAGAUUCGCGUACUUCAACGCUCAGGCAGCGGUGGCUGCCGCGUUUCUGCCACACAACAUGAACUCGUUGGCCGCGGCCGUCGGCAUCACAGCCGCUGCCGCAGCCAACAACAACGGCGGCACUCCGUUAUCGCUGGCGUCCAACCACUCGGCCGCCGCCGCCGCAGCAGCAGCAGCAGCCGCAGCCGGAUUCUCGCAACUACAGAAGAAUCCAGCGUUCAGUCCAAACGGCUGCAUGUCAGGAUUAAGUCAUUUAAAUCGUCAAGAAUCCGGCAAGGACUACAGCAAUGAGGGAAUGACAACGUCUUUUGGAUCCAGCAAGAAGAAGAAAAAAAGAAGGCACAGGACUAUAUUUACCAGUUACCAAUUAGAAGAAUUAGAAAAAGCAUUUAAAGACGCUCACUACCCUGAUGUUUAUGCUAGAGAAAUGCUUUCCUUAAAAACCGAUUUACCAGAAGACCGGAUACAGGUUUGGUUUCAAAACCGCCGGGCCAAGUGGAGAAAAACCGAAAAAUGCUGGGGAAGAAGCACGAUAAUGGCCGAGUACGGUUUGUACGGCGCAAUGGUCAGACAUUCGUUACCUCUGCCGGAGACGAUCCUGAAGAGCGCCAAAGAAAACGAAUGCGUCGCGCCCUGGUUGCUUGGUAUGCACCGGAAGUCGAUCGAAGCGGCUGAUCAGUUGAAGGACGACAAUACCGUGUGCAGCGGUGCCAGUCAAAAGAGCGAAAAAGAGGACGACGAGGACGACGAGGACGUCGACGACGAGGAGGACGAAGAAAAUGCCAAAAGGCCUUCGGGCAGGACCAGUCCGGAAAUGCCGACGGACAUGUCACCGCAAAGGCAGCAGCAUCAGCAGCAGCAGCAACAACAGCAGCAACAGCAACAGCAGCAACAGCAACAGCAGCAGCAGCAGCAACAGCAACAGCAGCUAGACGCCGAGGCCAAAGACCGGCAACAGCAACAGUGCGAGGCUAACGUCAUGGCUCACCGGCGCAUCCAACAGGAGAUCCAGUCGCAGAUGGAACAGCACCACGCGGCAGUCAUGCAGCUGGCAGUGAACCGGGCACAGGACUCGGAGGAGUUCCGGAACAACAGCAUCGCUUGUCUCCGGGCCAAGGCUCAAGAGCACAGCGCCAAGAUUUUAAGUCUGUCGGCCGAUGCGCUCAUGUUGGUCAACAACAACGGCGGAGGAUUCCGGAGUCGGAACCCGGCUUCCGACGUGCUCAUGACCUCGUCCGGCACCGGCGGCGGAAGUCAAGUGUUAAAUGACUGCGACGCCAAUGCCAACAACAUGCGGAGCAUCAGCCAACAUCAACAGCAGACCAUCAGCUCCGACAUCAUGGUCACGUCGUCCGACACCUCGUCGUCGCUGUUUUAAGUCCAAACGCUAACGAUUUGCCCAUCCUCACAUAAACGUUACACAUACACGUGUUGUACACCUAAUAAUCUCAUUGGCAGCUGCUGAGAAGACCGUUAAUCCAAUGACGACGUACAAUAAUAAUAACAAUGUUGUCAACAGAACAAAAUACCGAGUAAUUUUGUCGAUUCUCAAAAUUCCCUCAAAGCGAAGACACUAUGGUCCGAUUUUGUUUACGGUUACUGAGGAUUUCAUCAGAGCUCUUUUUAACGUUAUAGCUGUAUAAUUUGCCAAUACCAUAAAAUAAUGAUAAUCGGAUAUAAACGGUUUGAUCUGACCGAAAAUUUACACGAAUAUAAUAUAUUCGUACCCUAUAGAAAUGUAAAUAAUAUAAUAUUUUACAUAAAUUCUAUUGUAAAAAAAAAAAUAUGUGUAAAGAUAUUUUAUUGUGUGUUGUUAUUGAAAAAUCAUAUUAUAUACGUAUGUGCAAUAAUUGGUAUUUUUUUUUUCGUUUUAUUUUUUACAUUUUCAUGUACAAACAGACUUUUAUCUUAGCUCGAAGACUACAUUUAAUUGCGCAUUUUAGACUAAAAUAUUGUAAGAAACUUUAUUAUAACAAUUAUCCUAAUAGUUACGCUUGUUAUAAUAAUAUAUUGUAUAAUUCACCCACCUUUAAUCCUUCCUUAUCGUAUAAUGUAGAUAAUUUUUUU